AGGCAGUUGACAAAAGCUAAAAGGUAUACCAGCAGUGGUUCACGCAGGUAUACCAGCAGUGGUUCAUACACACGUCCCACAACACCACCACCACCUCAAGAAAUACCUUCGCGGGUGACCUACUUCUCAGCUGUUGACAGCUACACAGUACCAGGAUAAAGCUAGCUGGCAACCCUCGGCCGGUGUAGGAGGCCUACCUGGUAUAAAUAAAGGACAAUUUUCACUUUCGGGAGCCAUUUGAGCGAAGGAGAACCGAAGACCAUGAAGCUGCUUAUGUUGUUGUUGGUGUGUGUGGGAGUGGCGCUGGCGGGGGUAGUGCAGCCUGUGGCCAACUCUCCUCCACAGUCGAGAGGUGACUUCGGGGCCUCCGUCACCAGCUUCGUCAACAAGUUUACCACCCCGUGUACUACCACCGUCACCGAAUAUACUACGAUUGAGGCUGUUGAAACCGUGCUGGCGACGUGUGCCAUUUACCUGGAUGAAGUGCCCUGUGGUAGACUGGGCGACGUAUCCGGUACUACAUCUUCUGCCCCAGCCACCACUGUUGUGACUACUGCUCCUACCACCACCAUCAUCACCCCCACCACUACCAUCGUUACUGUCACCACUACCACCAUCGUUCCGACCACCAACCCUCCACUCUCAAGUUCUCUGUCUCCUACGACUCACACGGAGACUGGUGACGUUGAUGAGGAGACUGAGGCUGAGACUGAGGAUGCUAGUAAUCAAACGGAGACGCCAGAACCAGAACAAGACAAUUUGCUUCUCCCUGAUGUUCCCGAAAGCAGGGAGUUGUUGAUGCCCAGGAGCUUCUUCAGUUGUUCCACCGUGACCCACACCUACUCCAUGAACUCCAUCAGCGCUAUCACCACCUUCGUCAGCACCAUUAUCGCCACCUCGGGAUGUGAUGCCCCUACUCUCUCCUACGCACCAUGUCUCGGGCCCACAGCCAUAUAUUCAAUGCCUUAGGGCUAUAUGGUGCAUGUCUAGUUCACGCAGGGGUUGUGAUCCACUGGCCGCUGACCAUCGUCUCGCCACAAGUCAGGGCAGCUGUGGCCGUCUGGUUCCACAACAGUUGCAGUAACAAGUUCAACAGAGUGUGGUUUAUCUACUAUGUUUAUUAACAUACUUGGCCCUCUUUGUGUUUAUUAGAAGUCUUGUAAACACAUUCAUAUUGUAUCAAAGGUGCCAUGUUGACUCUUCAAUGUAAACUGGUGAAUGUAUAAUCUAUUUUAUCUACUUAGCAAUGAUUUAAAAAUGAAUUUCUGAUCAAUUA